AACAAAUAAGAUGAAUGUGUGGUAAGGGUUUAUUUUGUUUAGAAAUCUUGGGAAAAACGUGUGACCCCUGCAGGCCUAAAAAUGGGAAACUUUAAAGUCCCACGUCAGCAUUACAAAAAUAAUUUCUGGAACAGAGGCCACCUGGAUUCAAUUAUUUACAUCUAUUGCCAAAAUAAAAGUCACUUGAACAUUUAAAAAAGAUAACAGACUUUCAUGGAAACCAAACAAAACUCCCAAAUUUGAUUUAAAUAUGUGUAUAAGCUAUUUUCGCUACGGCAUGUUUAUUAAUUUGUAUCAAACAUCACAAAUAAUUAAGCUGUAAUGUGUCAGGACUUUUAUUCUAACAGGUUGGUUUGUAACCGGAAUUCCUGAAUGAAUCGGAGUUUGAAAGCAGUUUUAAUGAGGUUAAGCUGUUAUGUAACAAUGAUGUGUCUUUAAAUUACCUGUGUAUGACGAUCUGUAUAGUUUCAUUUGCGAGGUGUGCAGCAGAAGUUUAAUAUGGCGGCGCGUAACGACUCGGAGCCGAAAUUGUACGGCUACAGCAGGGUCGCGUGCGGCAUCUGUACGCAUGUGUUAUGUGCUGGAUUAACUGUCUUCAUAGCUAUCCUGGCCAAACCUGGAUCCAGUUGUUUUCCUUGGCAUCCAUUCUGCAUGACUCUUGCUUUCUCCUUCUUCAUGACCGAAGCCAUUCUCCUGUUCAGUCCUCAUUCCUCUCCAGUCAAGAAGUUCAAGCACAAUAAUAAAGUGCUUCUCCACAGGAUCCUGCAGGUUCUGUGUGUCAUUUGUGCAAUUGUGGGUAUUGUCACCAUUUCGAACAACAAGAACCAAAACAACAAACCACACUUCACGUCAUGGCACGGGUUGAUCGGCCUAAUAACUGUGAUAUCUACUGUAAUGCAGACUAUGGGCUCCAUUGGUCUGUUUUCUUUACUUUCUCCCAAACUGCCCAAAGGGUGGUCGCUGGCGAAGCUGAAGCGCUAUCACGCCACCUCGGGUUUACUGACGUACCUGCUGGGCAGCGUCAGUCUGGUUCUCGGGCUGUCUACUGCAUGGUUUAGCAGCAAUGUAAGCGGGUACGUUUGGUACCUGGCAGCCCUCUGCCCAAUAUUGUGUGCUUUGGUUAUUAUGAAUCAGGUUACAAACACCUACAUGACCAAGAAACGAUCACAGUACUGAGAUUUUUCAAGGUUCGCAAUCUGAAUGCCUUAAUUUUGAUUUGCAAGCAUUUAUUUUUUAGGACCAAAGUUGCCAGUUAUUGACCAAUUAUUUUUAUAAUUGAUGUAUAAACUGAUCCAAAAUGUAUUUUUAUAUAACAAUUUUGUAUCCUUGAACGCAUUACAGUAGUUUUGUUGACUUUUUGUGUGCAACUAAUUUUGAUAUAAUUGUUAAAUUAUUUGUUAUUCCUAAGAGGCUUGUGCAAUGUAUUUGCCAAACCAUUUAUUGUGCUAUUAAAAUACAAGCAUUUGUAACAUC